UUAAAAUGCGAAUAAUAUGUUUCAUAUAUUGUGAUAGGCAUACGAUUUAAGUGAUGCUCAGUAUUAAAGUGCGGAAGUGAACACGCUGGGAUAAUCUCUAUGACUUCUGGUCGUCUUUAAUUGUGACCCACUUCUGGACAUAUGAAGCUUACUAUAUCAAGCCUGGUGUAGUGUCCUGUCGUCUGCAGACUCUCCGAAAUCUGGCAUAAGAUUGCAACAUAAUACAAUGAAUAUUACAGUCAAUUCGUCGCUGUGGAUAAGAGCAGUUUCAAGGAUCGGCAUCCUGAGCAAUGAUUCACUAAGUACGGCCUCUGUUGAUAUACUUCAGUCGCAGCUCCUGCCGUCCCUGAUUUAUGUCUCAUGCCUACUUCCUAUUGGGGUCGCUGGGAAUACCCUCGCCUGCUGUGUGUAUUACAAGAAAUGGAGGAAGAAACGCAAAGUUUCCACCCUGUUUAUUCUAACUUUGGCCUUAACUGACUUAAUUAACUGCCUGGCCACUAUGCCAUUUGAGAUCGCAUUGUUGUUGAAUCCUUUAUCUUUCGAUUUCCCAGUUCUCUGUAAGGUCUCUCGAUGGAUGACAUAUUUCCUUAACUGUUUCUCCACUUUAAUCCUCCUAGGCAUUGCCUUUGACCGACUGUUUGGAAUAAGGUACACGUUUAAAAAAGCUCCAUUUGGAAUUAAACGCUGCAAAAUCUACAUCGCAUGUUCGCUGUUGAUUGCCAUGGUAACCACAUGGCCAGCAUUAAUUCUGUUCGGAACAUCCACAAGUGUUCAUCACAGUGUUCUCUCCAAAACUUGUCUCAUUGACGAUAAAUAUGUCUCAAACAAAAUGGCCAUUAAGCCUUUCUGGCAUGGAAUCUACCUUAUCGUGUCCAUCUUUGUCGUAGAUAGCAUUUUGAUUGUCAUUUACAGUUUGAUUGGAUGCGCGAUCUACCGAAGGCGAGUCGGACCUUCUGCUCUUCGCAGAAGCGGCAGAUUCGCUUCGUCAUUUUCAUUCAAGAGGUGUUCGAUAGACUCGUGUUCAUGUAACUCAAAAAACAAUUUUAAUUGCCCUAGUUGUAGACAAAAGGCAAAGUGUGCAUUGACAGACAUAGAUGAAAAUUUUCUAGAGGACGAUGUCUUCGUUGAAACUUCUAGAGGUCCGAACACAAAAAGCAACUCCAGCUCAGCAGAACUCUUUAGCAGCAGCCGUAGAAGUGACAAUAGCCGAUCCAGUACAUAUAGUGGACGAUUUUCACCAAAACGAACAUCGCCAUUAAAAACACAGCAUUCCUUCCGCUUUAGCACAGGAUCUCCAGAGAAAACUUUACGGAUGUCUUCAGUGAAGAGUUCCUUGUCUAGUCAAUCUUCCAGGAGGAAUCUUCGGUUUGAAUCUUUUUCAAACGAGAGCAUGAGGUUCGGGCCGCGGUCUAGGACGAGGAAGACGUUGUUGAUGCUGGGGGUGGUGACGGCUGUAUAUAUCCUCACAUUUCUCCCCUACUGCGUGAUCGUCAUACUCAGAUAUACCUCCCCAGGACUGUAUCUGACUCUGAACGUCUUACAGAAAAACGUCUACCAACUGUUUAUCAGAUCUUACAUGCUCAGCAUGUCCACGAAUUCUAUCAUAUAUAGCUUUGUGAACAACCAUUUUAGACAAGAAUGUUAUUUAGUGAUAAAAUCGCUAUUUAAUAUUUAUCGUAAAAACCAUGCCUAGAUACAAUUCAAAUGUGUCGAUUGUAUUUUAUUAUGUAAAAGUAAACUAAUAAAAAAAUGUGAUGUCUUUUCAAAAUUUCAUUAAAGAGGUCCAUUGGCCAUGAUGCUCACCUGC